GGAGCUGACCUCAGCAUGAGGUGGAUUCUGAUCUGGAGUCUUGCCCUCUCUUUGGUGGUACAUACAGCCUUAGGUGCUGUGCGUGGCCAGGAGCCUCUGGUGGUCACUAAAUAUGGGACCCUCCAAGGAAAGCAGGUGCACGUGGGGAAAAUACCCCUCCAUGUCUUCCUAGGAAUCCCCUUCUCCAAACCUCCUGUGGGUGCCCUCAGAUUUGCUCCGCCUAAGCCCCCAGAGCCUUGGAAAGGAGUCAGACGUGUCACCACCUACCCCCCUGCGUGCCUUCAGGAGUCCUGGGGGCAGAUAACGUCCAUGUACUUCAACAUGCGGAAACAGUACAGCUGGCUGCGCUUCAGCGAGGACUGCCUGUACCUGAACGUGUACGCGCCGGUGCGCGCGCCUGGGGAUCCUCUGUUGCCUGUGAUGGUCUGGUUCCCGGGAGGCGCCUUCCUCGUGGGCGCCGCUUCUACCUAUGAAGGCUCCGAGCUUGCUGCGCGCGAAAAAGUGGUGCUGGUGUUUCUGCAGUACCGGCUUGGCAUUCUGGGCUUCCUGAGCACUGGCGACAGCGAGGCUCGCGGGAACUGGGCGCUACUAGACCAACUGGCAGCUCUGCAUUGGGUACAAGAAAAUAUCGAGGUCUUUGGAGGAGACCCGAAGAGCGUGACCCUGUUUGGCCAAUCUGCAGGGGCUAUGUGCAUCUCAGGGCUGAUGGUGUCACCCCUAGCCCAGGGUCUCUUCCAUAAGGCCAUUUCCCAGAGUGGCACUGCAGUGUUUAAGGGCUUCAUCACUCAUGACCCAUUGAAGUUAGCCCAGAAGGUUGCUUUCCUGGCUGGCUGCAGCCACAAUGACACAAAGAUCAUGGUAAACUGUCUAAGGGCUCUAUCAGAAGCUCAGAUGAUGCGUGUGUCCAAGAAAAUGAAAUUGCUUCACUCCAACUUCCACAAAGAACCUCAAGAGAUAACAUGGUUCCUGAGCCCUGUGGUGGAUGGUGUCGUGUUCCUGGAUGAUCCUAUGGCACUCCUGAUGCAGGGGCCUGUUUUGCCUGUGCCCUACCUUCUAGGUGUCAACAGCCAGGAGUUCAGCUGGCUCUUGCCUUAUAUCAUGAAGAUCCCACUUGAUGCACGCUUAACAAACAAAAAAAUCGUCACCAAGCUCCUCUGGAGUGUCAGCAGGCUGUUGAAUAUCACCAAGGAGCACAUACCGCUUGUAUUGGAUGAGUACCUGAGAGACACUGAUAAGUAUGAUUGGAAGAUGGUCCGGACGCAUUUGACUGACCUAGCUGGAGAUGCCAUCUUUGUGUACCCCACAUUGCAAGCUGCCCGCUACUGCCGGGAUGCUGGCAUCCAAGUCUACCUGUACGAGUUUCAGCAUCAUGCUCGCUCAGGCAUAAUUAUCAAACCCCGAAAUAAUGGGGCCGACCACGGGGAUGAGAUUGGCUUCAUCUUUGGGAAACCCUUCUCCAAAGGUCUGUCCACAGCUAAAGAGAAGACACUCAGCCUCCAGAUGAUGAAAUACUGGGCCAAUUUUGCCCGUACAGGGAACCCCAAUGGUGGAAAGCUGACAUACUGGCCACACUUCGACCAGGAUGAAAAGUACCUACAGCUGGAUUUUAUCAUAAAAGUGGGUGCAAAGCUCAGGGAGAAGAAGAUGGCCUUCUGGAGGAAGCUGUACCAGUCUUAG